ACAUAUGUUGAAGACAUAGCAGAGAGUAGAGUAACAAAGCUCUCAGCCUGGACCUAUUCUCUCACUGGAUUAUUUUAUGAGUGUGAAAGUGCGUUUGAAGUGUAAAUGUGACUGAAAUUGCUUGUAGACAUGGAUACAUCCUGUGCUGUGAAAGCUCUUCUCCUGGCCCUCUUACUCUGUCUUCAUCUACACUGCCACCUCCUUGUUUGGGCCAGAAUGGACUCCUGCUAUGAUGAGGAAGGAGCCCCAUUUCGUUGCAUGCCCAAGUUUGAGAACAUUGCCUUCAGUCGCACAGUGGAGGUAUCAAAUACGUGCGGUUCCCCACCUGAGGACUACUGCAUGCAGACAGGCUCAACACGCUCAUGUCACUACUGUGAUGCAUCAGACCCAGACCUGAGUCAUAAUGCCAGGCUCCUGACAGACUUCAACAGGAAUGAGGAGCCCACAUGGUGGCAGAGCCAGUCCAUGUACUAUGGUAUCCAGCACCCCAAUUCUGUCAACCUCACCCUCCACCUGGGGAAGGCUUUCGAGAUAACCUAUAUUAGGCUGAAGUUCCACACCAGUCGACCAGAGAGCUUCGCCAUCUACAAGCGUACAGAGGAGGAUGGGCCCUGGCUGCCUUACCAGUAUUACAGCGCCUCUUGUAGAAAGACCUAUGGGAAGGAGGCUAGGGGCUUCCUUCGCUCAGGAGAUGAUGAAACGACCGCUUUAUGUACAGAUGAGUUCAGUGAUAUCUCCCCCCUCACUGGAGGAAAUGUGGCUUUCUCCACCCUGGAGGGACGGCCCAGUGCAUACAACUUCGAUCAAAGCAUGGUCUUGCAGGAAUGGGUGACAGCCACAGACCUGCUCAUCUCCUUGGAUAGGCUUAACACCUUUGGAGACGAGUUCUUCAAGGACACUCAAGUGUUGCGCUCGUACUUCUAUGCCAUAUCUGAUUUCUCUGUGGGUGGCAGAUGUAAGUGUAAUGGUCAUGCCAGCGAAUGUGCUGAGGGGGAACAUGGACGCCUGAUCUGUUCCUGCCAACAUCACACGGUGGGAGCCGACUGCCAGAGAUGUCACGCCCUUUACCAGGACAGACCCUGGGCCAGGGCCACUGGGGACUCCUCCAACGAGUGUUUGAGUGAGUAA